CUGCUCCUAAACAAAAUGGUUGUGCUUCGGUGAUUUUUUUCCAAACGAAAUUAUUAAAAAACUCGUUAAUUAUGACAAUAUUGUGUAAUAAUUGGUCCUUAGAUGAAUAAUGAAUGAGUAAGUGAAGUGUUUAAUAGUGUUAAAAUUAAGUUACACGCAACCUAACCUCAACCAUGGCCCCUGUUCCUCUGGAAGGAAUCCAGACUUUGGUGGCGAAUGCUGCCGCGCAAGGGGGCCUCGGAGGCCCCCAGGAAGGCAACCGCGGCGGCAUGAUAUCACUCGCCAAGCUAAUCGACUAUAUUAUACAACGGACUUACCAUGAACUCACUGUCUUGGCCGAGCUUUUACCACGAAAAACCGAUAUGGAGCGAAAAGUCGAAAUCUACAAUUUUGCCACGAGAACUCGGCAAUUAUUCGUGCGACUACUAGCCCUAGUCAAGUGGGCCAACAGUGCGUCUAAAGUAGAAAAAUCAGCUCGCAUUAUGGGGUUUCUAGACAAGCAGUCGUUGUUGUUUGUUGAGACAGCAGAUAUGUUGUCGAGGAUUGCAAGGGAUACUUUGGUCCAAGCCCGCCUUCCUAAUUUUCAUAUCCCAGCCGCUGUUGAAGUCUUGACUACGGGGACUUACGGCCGAUUGCCUGCCUGUAUCAGGGAGAAAAUUGUCCCCCCGGAUCCCAUAACCAGCACCGAGAAAAGAAACACACUGCUUAAACUAAAUCAAGUUAUACAACACCGAUUAGUAACCGGGAAUUUGUUACCACAGAUGAGAAAUUUAAAAAUCGAAAAUGGGCGUGUUACCUUUCAUGUCCAACACGAAUUUGAAGUGUCCCUAACUGUGAUGGGUGACGGCGCUAACAUCCCAUGGAGAUUACUAGAAAUAGAUGUUUUGGUUGAAGAUAAGGAAACUGGAGAUGGCAAGGCUUUAGUCCACUCUUUGCAAAUUCAGUACAUUCAUCAGUUGAUUCAAACACGUCUCGUGGAUAAUCCUCAACCGUUAACUGAAGUUUACAAUUGUUUACAUUUUUUUUGUCAAUCGUUGCAACUAGAGGUUUUGUACUCGCAAACUUUGCGUCUAAUGAGGGACAGGUUGGACGACCAUAUUCAUGUCGACGAGUAUAUACCAGGGAAAUGUUUAACAGUGUCGUAUUGGAGGGAAUUAACAACAAAAGGCAAAGAAUCCGCCAACAAAGACCUCCGCUCUGAGCUCGGCUACCGCCUCACCAUUCAAGUGGACGUCCAUGACCCGGCUCGUCCCCUCGCCGUCCUCCACGUCCCCUCACUCGGAAACAAAGAGAGCGAAAUCGCUGAUCGUGCCAUCCGCUCCGAAAUCCUCUCCAUGGAACGUCUUCUCGUGCACACCAUCUACGUCCGUACACGUAGCCGUCUCAGCGACAUCAAACUCGAACUUCAAGGUAUGGUCAAAGAAGUCGAAUGCAACCUUCAAGGCUCCCCUGCCAUCCUCUCCAUUGCAAUACUCCAGCCGUGUCUUCGCGCCGAACAACUCCUCAUCACCGUCGACACCCACACUGGAAUGUUACAAUGUCACGUGCCACAAUACGACCCGCCCCUCGUGCCCGAACUUAACAACGCCCUCAACGGCGAUCACUCGAAAUUGCCGGUUUUGAUAAGCGAAUUGCGAUUUUGGAUCACUCAAAGACGAUGUGAGAAGACUUUGCAACAUCUGCCAGCGACUGCGCACGAACGAUUACCACUUUUGCAUCACGCUGAUCAUCCCUUGACGAAAAUCGGGCGACAUCGGAUGUAUAUGCAACUUCAUAGACACCCAAAUGUUGUCCUGAUUGUAGAAUUGAAAGAAAAAGAAUCAUCGAUGUGUGAAGUCGAUUGUGCUUUCCACAUGGCCGUUGUUAAACCCUCAAGCAUUGAGGAUAAUCCUGAUGAUGACACUAUUGAAACCGAAAUCCCGAAAGUCUACCUCAAAGUACAGACUUUAAUUGAGUUUGAUACUUUUGUAGCCACUCAUGGUCCUUUCACUUCAAUCGACAACACAGAUUCAGAUCACACCGAAUUGAAUUGUUUGAAACGCAAAGGUGGGAUUAAACCGGAACCGCCUCCAAGGCGUUCCAAACAACCCGCCUACUUUAUAGCCGAGUUGGCUCAUGUCGUGGCCAUGUGCGAUGAACGAUUACCAUAUGUGAGUCUUGCAAAUGAAUUGAAUAAACGCUGUAUUUUUCAUCAAGGCUUGCAAGUCGAAGCAAAUGCGACCGGUUUGGUGCUGAAAUUGAUACAAUUACCACCGCCGACAUCCGAAAUCGGGGUUUCACCGGCAUGGCAUGCCUUAUUAAAGAGAUUGUUGACAGUGUCAAUCAGAGUUUUGAGUAAAGGCAUGAUGAAGAGUUGGAUGACCGAGUUUGUGUUUUAUUCAACGCCGUUAACGAGUACGCAUCCAAAGGAGCAAGGGUCACGCCGACCGGUAUAUUUCCAAUAUGAUAUGGCUACAAUUGAUGCCACUUCGCGUACUGUUGAUUCACUUUUGAGCGAUUGGUAUCAAAUUGUACACUUGUAUACCAUAGUACAUGACUUAAGUGAAUACUUAAAAGGCGAUAAAUAUAAUUUAUCGAACAUGUUCAGUAUUAAAUCUUACAAUUAUAGUAAGUUAGUGUUGUGUUAUGGGCCUGAUAAAGGUGCAAUGGUUUCAAUAAUAUGGAAUAGUGGGGAGAAAGCGUUCAAAUUGGCGUUUGGUGCAACGAAUAAUGCGAUUAAUGCACAUUCGUUGAUUAGGGAACAGUUGGAAAGUCAUCUAAAUGAACAUCGAAACUUGGCACAAAUUAUUCAAUUGUUGCAUGAGACGUAUGAACCCUUGAUUUCGAUAAGUAAACUGCCGACACUUCCGCAGUUGGGGAUACAGAAUACGCGCCCUCAAGUCCCCGUCCAAACCUUCACCAUAAUGGCCCAAUCGUGCACUCUCAUCCGUCUCGCCUACCAAGGGAUGUACUGCCUUGAACUUCGCAUUCGUGGCGCAGGUCUGGUCUCCCUCCGUGAUGGUGCUUACAGCCGCUUCGACCGCAGUAACGUCGUCGACGUCUUCUCUCCGACUCAAGGCCUCAAAGCCUUCCUCUCGAAAUACGUCGACGAAACGGCUGUCUUCCGACGUCGAUCGCAAUCCGAAGACGACAACCCACCCUCGCCUGUUUCGAUGGAAGUCGAAGGUGGAGGCAGCGGUGGCGGCUUUUUGGGCCACCACCGAGGCCCCCAAUCACCCGCUGGCACACGUGAACCCGGUCUCAGGUUCCACCCGCCACUAACUCCUCCCUCCGGUUCCAACCCCCACACCCCCGCUAGCCCACACACCAUGAAUCAGACUCAUACUAGUUUCGGAUCGAGUCCUGCAACGUCCUUCAAUCUCUCAUCGCCUACUUCACUCCCGACGAAUAUUAAUCCGAGUCCUAGUGGACUUGUGGCCAAUUCGCCGUUGAAUCCACAAUUGCCGAGUCCGGGUGGUUUGUUGUCGAAUUCUUCACCCGGACCGGUCUCAACCAGUCUUCCGGGUCAUAGUCCGGUGAGCAGUUUUAUGGCUGCGGGUCAUACAGACGGGAGUCCGUUUCCCUCGUCGCAGAGUAUGGCCUCACCAGCGGCGUCCAAUUGGCCGGGGUCGCCGAGUAUGCCGAGACCGUCACCAGCGAGGCCUGGACAAUCACCAGGAGGUCAUCCCAUAAUGCAUAGUCCGCAAAGUGGGGAUAUGAGGACGGGGAGUCACUUAUCUAGGGUUUUGCCCCAAAGGUCGUGGGCGGGAGCUGUGCCCACCUUAUUAACACAUGAAGCGUUAGAGACGUUGUGUUGUCCGUCAAUGCAUCCACAGGGGUUACCAGGGCCGGAAUUAGCGCCCUUGGAGAGGUUCCUCGGGUGUGUGUAUAUGAGAAGACAAUUACAGAGGUUCAUUCAUACUGAAAAUUACUUAACUGCAAUACCUAACACCGAACUAGGCGUAAUCCACUUUAAAGUCACAGAAAUACUCCAAUGCCGAAUCGGCUUGAACCCCCAACACUUGCAAAGCCUCCAUCUCAAAAUCACACCAUUGCCCGAACACAAGGACGUGUGGACAUCGGAAGAACUCCAAGUUUUGGAGAAAUUCUUCGACACGCGAGCAGCAGCGCCCCCUUACAAGCCAACUGCAAUGUUCACUUUUUGUACAAUGUUGAACGUCCCAGUCAACGUCCUCAAAGAUUUCAUACAGAUUAUGAAACUAGAGUUAAUGCCUGGUCUAAUCCAACAACAAGGCAUGAAAUGGUCGGUCCAAUGGAUGCUCCGGAUACCUCCCUCAGCCACUCCCAUCGUUCCUACAGGAAUGUCAGGAGUGCUAGUCUAUCGAGCAAAAAUCCUAUUUUUUUUGCAAAUCACCCGAAUUGGAAUCCAGUACCCCCCAAACAUGGAACCGCCCUCUCUAGUCCUCCCUUUUAUUUAUGACGUCAAUUCAAAUAUGACUCAAUUGGCUGAGAAAAGGGAGGCGGGGCCUGUUCCAGGCAUGGCAGCUGCCAGUCAACUCCUCAAACAUUUCGCCCAAUUCCAGUCGAAUAUCUCCGAAUGUUCAAUUUUCCCAGCUUUGAGGGAACUCCUCCUCAAUCUAGUGCUACCAACUGAACCACAACAAAGUCCAGCACAAGGGGGCGUACCACAAAUUCAAUCACCAGCAAUGCAAAUGCAACAAGGGGGACAACCAGGGUAUCCAGUCUCCAUGCCUAUGGGCAUGAUGGGGCCACAAUAGUGUAUUUUGUAAAUAUUAAAUCAAAUAAACAGAUUUUUGUUUUAU